AUGCAAGCAGAAAAGCAUUUGGAUCCCCUUCCUGUCGUCCAAGAGGUUGAAACUCUGCCACCACCACCACCACCUCUCCCUCCUAUUCCGCCGCCGUUACCGCCACAAAUGUAUUUUAUGUAUUUUUCUUUUUCAUUAUUCUUUUUCUUUUUUCUGCUUUUUCUUUUUUCCUUUUUUCUUUUCUCUUUCUUUUCUUCUUUUUUCUCUUUCUUUUCUUCUUUUUUCUCUUUCUUUUCUUCUUUUUCUCUUUCUUUUCUUACUUCUUUUUCUCUUUCUUUUCUUCUUUUUCUCUUUCUUUUCUUCUUUUUCUCUUUCUUUUCUUCUUUUUUCUUUCUUUUCUUUUUUUUUCUCUUUCUUCUUUUUUCUCUUUCUUCUUUUUUCCUCUUUCUUCUUUUUUCUCUUUCUUCUUUUUUCUCUUUCUUCUUUUUUCUCUUUCUUCGCUUUCUUUUUCUCGCCUUCGUUUUUCACUUUCUUUUCUCUUUUCCUUUUUCUUUUUCUUUUUCCUCUUUCUUUUUCUCCUCUUUUCUCUUUCUUUUCCUCUUUUUCUUUCUCUCUUUUUCCUUUAUUUUCCACUCUUUUCUUUUCCCAUUUCCUCUCUUUCUUUUUCUCUUUUCUCUCUCUUUUUCUUUCUUUUUUCUUUUCCUCUCUUUUCACUCUUUCGUCUUUAUUUAUUUCUUUCGUAUUUAUUUUGUUUUUCACAUUUUUCAUCUUUCUUUCGUUCAUCUUUCGUUUUCACCCCAUCAAGAAAAAAAAAAAAAAAGUGAUGAUUUUUUUUCUCCUUCUUGGAUUACUUUUUCAAACUCUUCUCACCAUCUAUCUCAACCCACUCUUGACCCCCCCUUAUCUCUCUUUUUACAUCUGACCCUCUCUCUCUCUCUCUUUGCAUCUGACCCCCUCUCUCUCUCUCUUUGCCUCCGACCCUCUCUCUCUCUUUGCCUCCGACCCUCUCUCUCUCUCUCUCUCUCUCUCUUUGCCUCCGACCCUCUCUCUCUCUCUCUCUCUCUCUCUCUUUGCAUCCGACCCUCUCUCUCUCUCUUUUGCAUCCGACCCCCUCUCUCUCUCUCUCUGCAUCUGACCCUCUCUCUCUCUUUGCAUCUGACCCUCUCUCUCUCUCUCUUUGCAUCUGACCCUCUCUCUCUCUCUCUUUUUGCAUCUGACCCUCUCUCUCUCUCUCUCUCUCUUUUUGCAUCCGACCCUCUCUCUCUCUCUCUCUGCAUCCGACCCUCUCUCUCUCUCUCUUUGCAUCCGACCCUCUCUCUCUCUCUUUGCAUCCGACCCUCUCUCUCUCUUUGCAUCCGACCCUCUCUCUCUCUCUCCCUCUCUCUCUCCCUCUCUCUCUGCAUCCGACCCUCUCUCUCUCUGCAUCCGACCCUCUCUCUCUCUCUCUCUUUGCAUCCGACCCUCUCUCUCUCUCUCUCUCUCUCUCUCUCUUUGCAUCCGACCCUCUCUCUCUCUCUUUGCAUCUCUCUCACUCUCUCUCUCUGUCACUCUCAAUCUCUUUAUAUCUGUCUCUCUCUUUUUUUCGCAACCACUUUUUACCUGUUCUGA